AUGUUCCUAGAAAUAUUGCUUUUCUUUGUUAUACUAAAAAAUUCUUAAACUUAAACCUGCGAAGAAAAAGCAAUAGACAAAAAUAAUUUCUUCAUUUCAAGCUUUACGGAUGCUUUUCUUAUUGAAACAGAUGAGGCAGAUUUUUCAAAAAUUAACGGUAUUGGAUAUGAUGUUUUAAUAUUUGAAUAUUCAUAACAUUAUGAAUUGGAAGGAAUUUUAAUAUCUGCUAAGUUAUUGGAAUCCUUUUAAAAUAAAUCUGAAUUACAAAUUUGCAAUCUCAUUAAUAAGGAGAUUUCAUAUUUUAUAUAAUGUAUAAUUGGAUUAACCUUUAUUUAAGAAGAGAUAGAUCUUAAUUACUCAAAUAAAACUGAAAUCAUUACUUUACCUAAUGAAAUAUGUUAAUCAAUAUUUUAUGACCAAGAACAAAUUUUUACAAUAUUUUGUUACUCAGAAGAGAACUUUUAGUUAAUAUCUGUAAAUUUAGAUAAUUAGGCUUAAUUUUAUUAGUUGUACAAUUAUCCUUAAGACUCUGAACUUAAGCUUUGCACUCCGAUAUCCAUUUAAUUUCAGCCCUUUCAUUAUUUAAUAGGUUAUCUUAAUUGUUCUGACUGGAGAAUUUUUCGAGCCUUAGAUAACAACAUUACCCUUAUUUUAGAUUAAGGGAUUUUAAAUGGAUAUUAGAAUGAUGUUACUCUAACAAAUUUAGUGAAUUUACAAAUAUGCUAGAAGAAUAACAUGUAAAGGUAUUUGGUUUAUGCAUUAUUUGACACAGGGUACGUUAAAUUUGAAGAUAUUAAGGUUUCAGUAUUUCUAUUAAAAACUUAAGAACAUAAAAUCACUUAAUUGAUAUUUGAUCGAUUAUGUAAUGUUGCUAUGUUUGUCGGGUAGGAAGAAUCACUUAUUCCUUUCUAAUAUUAUUCAUAAUACUCCACUAUAACAUUUAGUAAAUCCAUACCUCCUCCUGUGGUACAUGCCCAUGAAUAAUUUAAAAUAUUAUAGCUUGAAAAAACCUUAUAGGUGUUCAUAAAUUAGAAAUUCAUUUAAUAUUAUGAUAUUUCAGGUUUACUUUUAUUUGAUAGAACCUUUAAUUAUUUUUUUGCAAUCCACCCAAGUUUAAAUCAAAUAAAACUUUAUAAAAUUAAACAUCUAUCCAGAUAUCUUUUACCAUAACGUUAAUAUAUUUAUGAUUUUAAUUUGAGAAAUUUUAAUUGUUGUGAUAAGAAAGCUAUCAAAUGCACUAAGAUUAUAAAAUAAGAUCCAUCGACUCUAUUAUAAGAAUAUGAUUUUGGGGUAAAUGAGCAAUACCUUAUUUCACAGAAAUAACAAUCGGAAAUUAAAAUUUUCAUUGAUUACUUAGAAUUCAUGGAUGGAAUACCAUUAUUUUUUGAGGUGCCUCCUGAAUACAAACAUUUAUUAAGUAUUGAUGAAAUGAAAAUCAAAUUUUCAUCAAUAUGUCAAUAACAAUCAACAAUAUAGGAUUCAAAUAUCCUUUUUUUUGAUGCUUCAAUUAAAAUAUUUAUAUUUUAAGAUUAGAAAAAUAUUUACUUCUAUAAUUGUACUUAAUAAAGAUUAUUUCGUCAUGAAUAGAUUCAAAACAAAUCUGUAUUUACUACUAAAAAUUAUGUUAUUAUUAUAGAUGGAAUGUUAAAUCUAAUAAAUAUUAUCGUCAUGUAAUAGCAAUCUAUAAAAAAGCACCUUAUAAAAAUUGAUUCUGAAAUAAUAAAUGCUAAGUUAAUCUUAAAUUAUAUAUUCAUAACUUUGAAAGAUAAGGAACCCUUAAUUAUUGAAAUUUAAUCAGAUGACAAAAUUUUGUACAAUUCUGUAAGUAGUAAUAAAGAUGAUAUAUUGUUUUAUUUUAAAGAUUAUAAUUCAAGUCAGAUAUAUUAAGUUAAGGACUACCUUUUAAUUCAAAAAAAUAACUAUAUUUUAAAAAUUAAGUUUCUUGACUGGAAAAUACUUGGAUUCAAUUCAAAUUUAAACCUUUUUGUAUUACAUGAAAUAGAUUUGAUUUAACUCUAAAAAUUUGCACAAUAAAUUAGAAUGAGGUAAUAUUUUUAUAAAAUCUUGAUCUAUUUGAUUUUUCCAUUUAUUAACCUUUAACGUACUCUUUUUGUCAUUCUAGUUUAUUGA